GCUGUCCUGUGUUGUAUUUUCAGUAGAUUAAAUCAGAGAAGCGGGCAGAUCGGCUUCGCGGUGGGGAGAAGGUUACUUUGUUUUUUGUUGUUGUAAUUUUGUCCUCUGUGUGAGCUGAAAGAGACGAAACAGGAUGAAAUAUUUCACUCGAAUGAAAAUCAGACGAGUAUAUGAGUGGAGUGGAAAGCCACGAAGCUUCAACAGGAGGCUAAAAACCUACGACUAUGACUCUUUUGCGAUCAGUGUGGAGGGUCUCUCAAAAAUCAUCAUCAACACAGGCCAACACAUCCUCAUAGAGGGGUAUGAUGAAGACAACCCAUAUGUGGCCAAAACACUGACUUUCUUUGUCUUGUGCCUGUCUCUUCCAGAGAAUGGGCAACAGAUGAAGGCAGUAGUUCAGUGGUUCAUGCGUGUGUCUGAAUUGCCUGUCAACAAACUGAAAUUGCUUGGCAGAGAUCCUCAUCCACAGGAGAUCUUCUACUAUGAAUAUCGUAAUUGUGAUAAUGAGGUCAACGUCGAGUCCAUCCUCAGGCCUGUGAAGGUGAAGCACCUCGACAGCAAUGACCCGUUCCCUGACUCCUCUGACAAAGAUACCCUGUACGUGAAGUUGUCCUGGGACUCCAAGGUCUUCGGGGUGGUGAACUCGACCGUGAUGGAGUCUCCCGCUGAGCCAGCACCUGCUUCUUCACCUCCUUCCUGUCUUAAACCCUCCCUCCCAAUAUCACCUUCUUGCUCCCAGUCUGCAGCCACCCCCAGAGGACCCUCUCGGCGUGUCCUACCCACACCGGACCACGCCAUAAUGCAGAAGGCGUCAUUAGGGGAAGUUGGCUGCAGCAGUGUAGGUACACCUGCCAAUGUCGAGGCUGAGUCACUUCACUCGGCCACUAAACUGUCGGCAUCAAAAUGCCUCAGUGCCAAGAGGAGGAAUGCCACGGCCAGGACGCCUGGUGUCCGAAAGAGACUGGAGCUCAGCACUACAACUGUGUCACAAAAGAAAGAGCUGAAAACCAUUAAAGAGCCAGUCCUCAGUGUUCUAGCGGAGGUGGAGAAUGAAAAGUCUCCAAUGGUCACCGAAACACCGAGGAGCUCUAAGAGGAAGUCGGCCAUGCUGGUGUCAUCACGCAUCAAGAAACAGCUGAAUCUUCUGGAAAACCAUCAGGACCUAAACUCAUCCGGAGAGGAAGAGGAUGAGUUUGUUCCAUCUAAGAAUGACUUGCUGAGCAGCAGCGAAGAGGAGGGUCAAGAUGAGGAUGGGCCGAAUAUUGAUGAUCAAGUGACAGCGAAGAAGUUCCGAUAUGUUGCGACGGGUUCUCGCAGUUCUCGUUCAAAACAGAAAUCUUACUCCUCAGCGAGAACGCAACGAAGAACUCCCGCAAAGAAGAUCUCGCCGGGAACGCCCAAAACCCCCCGUCAUGCCACGCCCAGCAUCCCCAUCAGGUCCUUGCAGACCCAACAGCCGGCUAACAUCCUGGAGGAAGCCAGAACCAGGCUGCAUGUGUCAUCGGUGCCAGAGUCUCUGCCCUGCAGGGAGCAGGAGUUUCAGGACAUCUACAGCUUUGUGGAAAGCAAGAUCAUUGACAACACAGGAGGGUGCAUGUACAUCUCUGGUGUGCCAGGAACUGGAAAGACAGCGACAGUUCAUGAGGUGAUUCGCUGUCUGCAGCACGCAGCUGACAUGGAUGAAAUCCCUUCAUUCCACUUCAUCGAGAUCAAUGGGAUGAAAAUGACAGACCCACACCAGGCCUACGUCCAAAUCCUACAGAAACUGACUGGUCAGAAAGCCACACCUGACCACGCAGCAGUUCUGCUGGAAAAGAGAUUCAGCAACCUAGCGCCCAGGAAGGAGACUAUUGUGCUGCUUGUGGAUGAAUUAGACCUGCUGUGGACGAGGAAGCAGAACGUCAUGUACAACCUGUUCGAUUGGCCGACACGGCGUCAUGCUCGCCUGGUGGUGCUGACCAUCGCCAACACAAUGGAUCUGCCCGAGAGAAUCCUGAUCAACAGAGUGGCCAGUAGACUGGGUUUGACCAGGAUGUCAUUCCAGCCGUACAGCUUCAAGCAGUUGCAGGAGAUCAUCAUGUCCAGGCUGAACAAGUUGAAGGCCUUUGAGGAGGACGCUCUGCAGUUGGCGUCCAGGAAGGUGGCUGCUCUGUCCGGUGAUGCUCGCCGAUGUUUGGACAUCUGUCGGCGGGCAACGGAGAUCUGUGAGCACUCAGCUGCUGACCCUUCCUCCGCAGGAUUGGUGGGAAUGAGUCACGUGAUGGAAGCACUGAAUGAGAUGUUUUCCUCUGCCUACAUCACUGCCAUCAGGUGUGCGUCAACACAGGAGCAGCUCUUCCUCAGAGCUGUUAUUGCAGAGUUUAGGCGGCUGGGAUUGGAAGAGGCGACUUUCCAACAGGUGUUCGUGCAGCACCAAGCUCUCUGUCGGAUUGAAGGUCUUCGGCCCAUCGGUGUCUCGGAGGGUCUGGCUGUUUGUCAGCAUCUGGGAGCCUGCAGGCUGCUGCUGCUGGAACCGAGUCACCUGGGAGUCCUGCAGCGCAUCCGACUCAACGUCAGCCAGGAUGACAUCUUUUAUGCCUUGAAAGCUGACUGAAGGGGGAGUCUUUCACACAAACUGAACAAUGACAGAAAAGUGAACCCUCGUCCACGGAUUUCAGUUAUGAGCUUAAAUCUUUGCCCCAAUUUUACUGGAAGAUUUUCUUCUGUCUCUGGAUUUUAUUUUUUAUUAUUCAGUUUUAAAUGUACAAUAAAACUCUUUACUAAUCCCUCAGUUGCUUUCUUGGAGUAAUAUUAAAACCUCUUUGAUUAUAGUUUCCUUAGAGUUUUAGCUGCACUUUAGGGAUCAGGAACACUCCUGCUGUAAAGAAACUUAAAGACGCUUCUCUGCUAGCAGAGUUCGAUCAGAGUUUAAUAUGGAAAACACAUCACCAUCAUGACUGUGGACCAUGUUGCUGAUUCACUGAAGCACAACUCUUUUCUCUGUGAACCAAGGAAUACUUUUUUUUUUUUUGAUAAUCAUU